UAGCAGGAUCACGGAGGGGGCUGAAGGUUCCGCGGAGUCACAUCAGCGUAGACGUCGAGGGUCAAAAUGAACGUUUGUACUCACAGAUGAGUCUGCGCGGAUGCUGGAGAUGACUAUCCUGCAAGGUAACCUGUCCGAUCAUUCGAACCUGUUUAGUAGAACACAGAGCGGACAGCAUGGACGCUAGCGAGGCGAAUAGAGCCUCUGUGGUAGGCGAUUUCAAAAUACACGGCAGGUUCUAUCGCCGCUCUGUCUGUACUGUAGCCGCUUUCCGACCUACCGCCGAGGGUUGUGCAUUGCCACUCAUCUUCUGGAUCGACCGUGCCAGAGAAGCCCGAGAGUCGACUGUCUCGAGUACGUACAGUCGGAUUCAGCGGGAAAACGAGCCUACCGGUAGCGGCCAGUACCAUCACGGAAAACAGCACGAUUUACGAAUUGCUGCCUGCAGAGCGGUACCGCCAUACUAUGUAGAACGACGUAACGGGCGCCAGCGAAGACCGAUCCCGCGCGCCGCCUCUCGUAAGGCGGGUGGCGCCCCUGCAUGCGCAGGCCUUGUGCGAACGAAGCGGCGCCUCGACGAGCUUGGAGUUGCUAGAAAUGGCAGCAGACCGUCCUAUUUGGGCGGACGGGAAGCUCCUCCAUUCGCCGGGAGCGAGCGCGCACUGCGCACCCCGCGGCUUCUCACCAUGCAGAGUGCAGGGUUUGUUGGCCGGGACGCCGGGGAGGCACAUCCAAGACCACGCGACGGUGGUAUGAUCCCGUCCACCUACACGUUGGCGGCUAGAUGUCAAAGAACAGGGAGCGUGAACGACGAGGAGCUUGCAGCUUUCCAGGCGAAGACCAGUGCCGAAUUGCGUGUGCUGGGAGGCGAGGAGUGCCGCACUGGUCACGUCUGAUAGGAGGCGUCCGACACUGUGCCAAAGGCGGGCCACAAAAGACACUUCCGACGACCCACCGCACGCACUGCAUUUGGGAGAUGAGCGGAACAUUGCACGAGGUGGGUGGCCGUGAGACGUCCUUAUUGUAAAGCACUGUCACUAGUAGGAUCACUGCGGACCA